GGUCGUGGUGAUUGGUGAUUCAUGUCGAGGUGGUGCCCACUGCUGGGGCCGUCCGUCCUCCCUGACCUCGCUGCUGCUGGCCCAUGCCUUGCCGGAGACCCAACUGCCGGGAUCUUGUUGAGGAGCUCCUUCAUCCCUUGAGGCGAACCCGAAGGCGAGGCUGCUGGCGGUGCUGUUCGCGACGGUCAUGGCGUACCACGUACAGGGAGAGGGCCGCCGCGAUGGACGACCGGCUGGCCGGGGAGUACAAGUUCGGCCACCUCUCUCUCCUGCAUCAGGUCCAGCUGUCGUCGGCGGCAUCGUCGUCCUCCUCAAUUCCAGGCCCCGGCAAGCCCCCGUAUGGAGCUCAAAGGCACUGGAGACCCGUUCUGCAACGUCGGCCUCCCCGAGCUCCUGGUGGUUGCCUCGACGCCCACCAUCGUUGCUUCGGCUCCUGCCGCGAGCGUGCGUGGGAUUGGCGGCCGCGGUGGAAAAGGACUACUCCGUGCGCAACGCCGGCUGUAUCUGGUGGCCAGCGCCUGUGCGGUGCAGAGGACGCUGAUGCCGCGACCCACAAUGGCGGACAACCAGUCAACCAUACGCCGGGGCUGGGCGCUGUGCUGCGGGAGUCUCGGUCGCGUUACUAGCGUACUGUGUGGACGCGGUCGUGACGGUAGCAGGCUUCAGCAGCAGCUUGCAGAGUGAGCAAGAUUCAGAAGGCCUUCAACAAAACGUCAGUUGGCUUUGUUUUGACUGCGUGGGCAGUCCGCAUGAACGACGCUCAAAUUGUGUCAGGCAGUUUUGGGCGUUUGUUGUGAACUUGUGAUGGAGGAGGGGUGCAACAACAUGCAGGGAUGGUGGAUGGCGGCUUCGACAUCUCUGUACUGCCUAUAAAGCAUCACAUGCUGAUGCUAUGUUUCAUUUGCCCCAUCUCCCAUCUCUGCUCUUAUUUUAAGUAAAUGCCCAGAUGCCUUACAUUUA